GAUUCUGACCUGGCCUUCCUCCACUACCAGGAGCGGAAACUGCGCCAGGCCCCGUACUCGUCGCAAGACUGGUCGAACUCCUACUUCAUGCCAGGCGAAAGCGACCGGAGCAUCAGCGCCUGGCGCGCGUGGCUGGCAAAGGAGGGCGCACGCUGUGUGGAUCCGGAGAACCAGCUGCCUCCAUCUCCGAUGUCCCGGGAGGAAUUGCUCAACCGCUGGGAGCAGCACUCUGCACAUUGCGUGCACUGCCGUGAGGCCUUCGAGUCCAUGGCGGUGUGGCAGCGCGGUUUCGGCCUCACUUUCGUGGCCGCCCUUGCGGCCGCGCAGACCUCGUUGCUGCCGACGAUGCC